AUGGAGCCGCCUGAGGUCCGACCUGAAGAUGUCAUGGUGGGACAGAAGCGACCAAGAUCCGAGGACGAGCUGCCGCAUUGUGAGCAUCACAAGAGGCGGUCGCGCUGCAAGGAGUGUGGAGGUUCAGGGUUCUGCGAGCACAACAAGAGGAAGUCUCGUUGUAAGGAGUGCGGAGGAUCCAGCUUCUGUGAACACAAUAAGCGUAAAUCAAGAUGCAGGGAGUGCGGGGGCUCCAGUAUUUGUGUGCACAAGAAGCUUCGCUCCCGUUGCCGAGAAUGCGGCGGCUCUGGCGUCUGCCCCCACAGUAGACUCCGGGCGCAAUGCAAGGAGUGCGGCGGUUCCAGUUUCUGUGUUCACAAUAAGCGCAAGUCUCGCUGCCGCGAGUGUGGAGGUAGCAGCAUUUGCGAACAUAACAGGAGGAAAUCGCGAUGCAAGGACUGCGGGGGCUCCAGCAUUUGCGAACAUGGAAAGCUUCGUUCUCACUGCAAGGAUUGUGGUGGAUCCAGCAUUUGCGAGCACAAGCGAAUUCGAUCUCGCUGCAAGGACUGCGGAGGAGGAGAGCUCUGCGAACACAAGAAGUUGCGGUCUCAGUGCAAGGAGUGUGGUGGCUCCAGUUUCUGUGAACACAAAAAGAUCCGAUCGCGUUGCAGAGAGUGUGGAGGUUCGAGCAUCUGCGAGCACAACAAGCGGAGGUCGCGCUGCAAAGAAUGUGCAGAGCUCAAAUUCUGCGAGCACAAGAAGAUCCGCACUGAAUGCAAGGAGUGCGCGGCAAAGCUUGUGAGCUAA